AUGAGUCAAGAUGUAGUGCACACAAUGAGUCCAAAUAUCAUUGAAACUUCGACUCACCAACAACCCUCACCCUCAUCAUCAUCAGUUGUACAACAAGAAAUUGAAAAUCUGGCAUCAAAAAGAAAUGUUCUGGAUUUACCUUCCUCCAUAAAUCCCGAAACCAUUUCUACAGCAACACAAAAGAUAUUUAAUGAAUUGUUCAUUGAUUCAAAUUCCAAACAAUUCAACAUCAAAUAUGUGGCCUUGAUCAAGAACAAUUAUUUGGAAUUUAUUCAGUAUUUUGUUCAACACGUGCAACAUUCCAAAUCCAAUCAGCAAGACAUUUUGUUCGGACUUGGAAUGUUGUCUAUCAUUUGUCUUGUUCUUUCUGUUGAAAGUAUUAACAGUAAGAAUUUUAAUGACAAGAUUGCAGUUGAAACUAUCAAUAACUCGUUAUUGGAGCUUAAACGGAAUGUCGACAUUCAGUUCUUUGUUACAGUGUUGACCACCAUUCAACAACAACUUCAAGCCAAAAACAAUUAUUUGCUUGUUUAUUGCGAGUUCCUGUCGUUGUUAUUACAACAAGCCAAAGGCGAUAGCUUGUUUGUCUUUGAUCAGGCUACUGUUCAAUAUGCUUACCAAUACAUCAUCAAGGAAUGUCAAAAGUUUUUGACAACUAUAGACAGCAUACCAAACCUAUUUCUUGUUCUAGAUGUCCUUGAUACUAUGUCAAGCUUAUCAAAGAUUGAUACAAAUGGAGUUAUCAACUAUAUCACUUUUGCGAUUCAAACCGUGUUUAAAGAUGUCAUUGAUAUUCUCGUAGGAUGGUUUUUAGACAAAAACACACUCCAUAAGCAAAAACUCAGAAUUGGAGAAACCUUAGCAAAUAUGCCAUCAUCGCUUUGGGAGGGAAAACAUCUCGAUUUUACUUCCAACCUCAUCCAAAAGUUUAUUAGUGACAUGAGCUCAUUGAAUGAUGAGCGUCAAUUUCAAACUUUUGUCAUGUGUCUUAGGUACAUUUGUGUAUCAUUGUCUCCAUCUACUUUGUUCAUGAUUCUCAACAGAAAUAAGACAAUAUUAGCCUUACUCUUUGAUACAUUGUUUUUAGGCUCCAUGACUAAAUUUUUGGAUAAGAAGAAGCAGCUUUGGAGAUCUAUUUUGGAAUGCAUUACUACUUUCACAGAAAAAAUCCCAAACCAAAGAAAGUCUUCGGAUCAGCAAAACAUUGCCAAAAAUGUAGAAUUUGAUAUCGCUGAAAAAACUUUAGGCUAUAUUGAAGGAUUUCUCUCCAAAGCUUCCGAUGAUAUAUCUUCAGAGUUUUUCUCGUUUGUUGUAACAGUAUUGAAUAACCUAGAAUCAGUACUAUCCAAAGCAAUGCUCAAGAAAUUUAUUCAUGAACUUUUACAAUUUGCCUCCCGACAGGUUACUAUUGACACCUAUCUAUACCUGGAUCUUGCUCGUAUAUUUGACAUGCUAUUCAAUAAUUUUCUAAAGAAGAACGUAUUGGAUGUUUUGAAAUGGGCUGACAAUGACGAUUUUAAUCGCUUAUUUGUGUUUGGCAUGAUGGCCUUUUCUAUGGACAAAGGAAAUGAUCAUCUCUAUUCUGAAUUAUUGAAAGGCCAUGAGAGUUGGAUGGAAGAUAUGUUGCAGAGCGAUGAGCAAACAUUUAUUGAAAUGCUAAAGAAGUUCAGAAAUAACUUUGAGAGAUUUAGAGAGAAAGAGAACAGUGAGUUAGUUCUUGAGAUAGUUUUGCAGCUAUUGAACAAAAAUAUGGUGUCUCAACACGUCCAACGGGAGUUAUUGCUAUGGUUACAUCUCAUUUACAAAUUGGAAUCUACUCUUCCUACAGACAACGCUGUAGAUACCUUAAGAUCUAUAUUGGAUAGCGACUCCUCGACUGAGAACAAACUAGCAGUAUUGAGGGUCGUUGUGGAAUGCUUAAAGAAGGUCAACACGGAUCAGUACAGCUUGACUGGAACAACCCAGUUAGUAGGGUGCUUUUUCAAAUGUCUCGAAAGCAAUAGUGACCUCAUAUUCUCAGAGGCCGUUGAAAGUAUUAGAAAAUGUGGCCAUAUAUUGGUAGAUCAAACGGUUUCAAGUGAAUUUACGUGGAUCAAAUAUUAUUCGUCGAAACAAAGUGAAGGGUUGCCUGAUGGAACUACUUUGAGCAACGAUUUUGAGAGAUUAUUUGGAUCUCUCGAAAAAACAACCGAAGAUCCAUACUUGUACAAGAGCGUUCCAAAUGCCGUACUCUACUGCAUUGCUAACAGAUUGAAAACACCUUUCGGUAAUGCAAUGCCUACAUUUGAGGAGUUUGAAAAAUUAUUGAUCAAACAUCCUGAUAGUGAGGUUUUGCAGUAUUUCAUUAGUGAACUUCAAAGACAAGUGAAUGCAUUGAUUUAUAGCCAAGCUUUUAGUAGCUUGUUUAACUCUCAAGUUGUUUCCUUUUUCAGUAGUAAUCUAAAAGUUUGUAACGAUUGGUUCACUCGACUUCAAGCCCAAAUGUCUGGAAGAAUUAUUUACAACGGUCUAAAGUCCUUGUUAUCAGAGAAGGAAAAACCAGAUCGAGUAGAAACUUUAUUAAUUGCCAUUUGCACUACUCUUUGUGAAGAAUAUGACGAUCAGGAGAUGUUGAUCGGAUUACACACUGUAAUGGAGACAGACUUUCAAAAAUAUCCAUAUUUUUUACAAAUGGUAAAGGGGUUCAUUCAUGAAACACAAGGUCGUUUUGAAGAAGCGCUUCGAUAUUAUGAGGAGAUAUCAUCCUUUUUAAGUGAAAGAAAUAGAUCCAAAAUCAUGGAUAGAGUUUUAAUGUGCAAGUAUUACCUCAAAACAGAUAAGAGCUUGGAAUUGUUUCAACUUGCAUCGGAAUGUAGUUCUUACUCGCCUUCUAUGACAACAUAUAUUGAAUUAGCAGAAAAAAAGAACGAAAGUGUCAAUUUGAAAAUCAGCAACGACUCAAACAGGCAUGACGACUUAAUUUUAAGUAAGCUAAACCUUGCUGAAGAAGUUAAUUACAAGCAAUACAUCAGAAGAUACCUUCAUCAAAAUGUGGUUCCUUUUGCCACCAAACUCAUCCCAACUCACUGCUUGAACAACGUCAAGAUCUCACCUAAAUAUGGCAUUAUUAUUUAUGCCGACCAACAGAAAGCAGAUACGGUGUUGUUGAAAUAUCAUUUAGAUCGAUGUAACGUGCAUACUUCUCGGACAUUGGCAGAUAUUCUAGAUAUUGAAGAAGAAGAAAAGGCCAUUUUACAAAUUGAUGAGUUGUAUAAUGAGGACAAAAAUCAAGCUAUUGUUAAUUUGGCAAGCAAGCUUUCCACCAGUAGCAACAAACAGCUAUUGAUUUCUCAAGGAGUUCCUUCUAAACUAUAUAGCUGGAUUGACCAGAACCAACAUGGUCUUGAGAAGAAUACUUUAACACAACUAUGCUCUUCGCUUGGUAUACAUACCGAUGAUAACGAUACCAAUAUAAUUCCAACAAUUCUUCGCUCGGUAGUUUCUGUUUCAGAACAAUUAUCACCAUCCUCACACAAAGAUCAUCUCCAUAUGGCUUUAGAGUUUUUGGAAAAGUAUGACACCGAAAACAAAAAUAGAUUGCAAAUGUAUAGAAACAUCUUACAAUAUCAGGUUAAUUUAUCACGUCUUGAGGUGACAAAGAUUGUGGCCAAGUUACUGAAUGAUUUGAAAUAUUUUGAUGAAGAAGAGUUCAAUAGAUUCGUAGAGGAUAUAGACUAUAGAAUUUGGUUACCAUUCAUACCACAGAUUUUCAGUGUUUUUACAGAAUACUAUGCACAUGCAAAAAGUAUUAUUUUGAAGUUAGGUAAACACCGACUUCAAAGUAUAAUCUAUCCAUCUGUUGUUAGGUACUUGGACCAUGCAAAGAAUAGUACUGACAUCAUUAGUGAAUUAAGAAAAAUUAAUGUUGACAUGGUGAACAGCGUUAUAUCGUUCGUUACCGAAUGUAAACGAAUGACGCACACUUGGCAUGAUCUUUGGAUACAAACUUUGGCUGGUUGUAGAAAAUAUUUGACCAAGACAGGUGUUAAGAGUCAAAAAUUCAGAAUUUUACUUGAACAAACAUACAAUGUCACUAUGAACGCACUUCCAGAAAGUAGGGUAGAACAUUUGUUCCAAGUGCAGUAUCAAUCAGUUUUACAAAUGAUUUAUCAAAGCUUGCUUGAAUUGAGUAACAGAGCUGAUGAUAUUUCAGACCAUGAACUUGAUAUUGCCAAGCACAAGCUUUCUGACCUUUCUCAUCAAAUAUCUAGAGGCUCAAUAUUCAGAGAAUUCAACAUGGAAGAUGUUGUGCCAAAGUUGUUAAAUCCAGAAAUUUUAAGAAACAUUCCAAUUCCAGGAUUCCACUUGCAUUCAAGCGAGGACAGCCUUGUUACUGUGGAAAGUGUGAACAGCAAAGUUAAAGUUCUUGGCUCUAAAACAAAGCCAAAAAAGAUUAUUCUGGUUGGAAACAACGGCAAGUCAUAUACAUUCCUACUAAAGGGAAAAGAAGACCUAAGAUUGGAUCAAAGAAUGCAACAGUUCAUCAGAGUAUCUAACAUGAUAUUGAAGUAUAACAGUAAUGAUCCUCUCCUUAGAAAUAGAACUUAUGAUGUUACUCCUCUUGGAAAAAAUUGUGGUCUAAUUGAAUGGAUUGAAGACACACAAACGAUCUUUAAUUUAUAUAGAAAGAAGGACAGCAUUUACAAACCAAUGGAUCAUUACUACAAAUGUUUGCUUCCAAUCCUAAAAUCUGAAAAUAUUACAAAGCAACCUUAUCCCACUUCAGUUCUGAAGAAAGUCUUUUCAAAAUGCAAAGCUACUCUUGACAAGGAAUCAGGAAUUAAUCCAGUGGAUACUUUACAGCGCCAUAUUCUGUUCAACCCAACACAAACUUCAAUUAAUAGCAGCUUUGAAUCACAACGAAGCUUUAUCAUGUCUACAGCAUGUAUGUCUGCUAUUGGAUAUAUUGUUGGUCUUGGAGACAGACAUUUAGAUAAUAUUCUAAUUGAUUCAUUUACGAGCGAAGUUAUCCAUAUCGAUUAUCAAAUAUGCUUUAACCAAGGAUUGAAUCUACCUGUGCCAGAAAUUGUUCCAUUUCGUUUGACACCUUGUAUUCAAUUGGCAAUUGGAGAUUCUGUUAUGAAAUCAAAGUUCUAUAGUGUUUGUGAGCAGACAUUAAUGUCGCUUCAUAAGGAGAAAAAUCUAUUAUUAGAGUUGUUAAUGACAUUUAUCAGUGAUCCUUUGAUUGAUCAAACAUCGGAUCAACAAAUUCACUCUAUUUUUGAUAAGCAAUUGGAUUCACUCUUCCUCGAGCAGGUAAUUGAAAAGAAAGAGGAUAUUGCAUCCGAAUUCAAGACCUUCAUAGAGGGUAUUGCAUUGUUAGAUGUUUUCGAAGAAGUUCGUGACUCAGAGCAAGCUAAAAUUGAAGAAUAUUGCCUAAUUGUCGAAAAUGAAAAGAUAUUGCAGCAAGAGAAAGCUAGCAUUGAUGUUUCUUCAUUUGAAAAUAUUGACUCUGUGAAAGAAAAGCUAGAUACUGAAAAGUUGAGAGUCGCUGCUGAAAAGCACACCAUUAGCACUUCCUUGGAGAACUUGUUGCAGAAGUUUAGUGACGAAUCUGCACAACAUUUCAAUUUUUUCAACACGGCAAAGGAUAGAGAAUUUAAUUUAACAUAUAUGGGCGUGAGUAUCACCAAGCCUGAACCAUUGUUGCACAAUAUUCUUCCAUAUCUCUCAGCAGAUAGUACAGAAUAUUUCCAAAAACAACAAGAGGUCGAAGAUAAACAAGUAAGACUAAAGACGUGUAUAUCGGAGAUGGUUUCUUCAUUAAGAGAAAUACAAGGCAUGUACAAGCGAUAUUCAGACAUGGAGUAUAUUGCCCAUGACAUGAAAUAUGUAAUUUCUAAUGUGUUACACCAAUUGUUGAUCUGUAAGGAUCCUACACAGUUAGAUGGAAUUGUCAGAUCUAUUUGUGUACCACAGCCUGAGCUUUCAGACAGUAUAACAAUGCUGGAUAACGAGCUCGAAAAGCUUGAAAGAGAUGUACAGUUUUUAACGAAUCAACAAUUCUCUGUUCCAACCAUGUCUUACAGCCAGCAAGUUGUUGACGUUGCAUCACUUUUGAAUCAAAUAUUUAUCGAAGUUAUUGAAUCAAGUCGUUCCAUGGUGCCAUCUGAGUCUUCCGUUUAUGAUGUUAGCGAUUGGUGUGGAUAUAGAAAUCUUCUCAAAAUUGAAGCAUGUAUUGCAUUUUGUCAUGAUCAUGGCAUAUCCGCUGCUUAUCAAAUACCAACAAAAGAUCAACUUGUUCUUCUCUCUACUGCUAUUGCAAACAUGACAAGUACAGUCAAACAGUUCCUGGAAAACGUUGUUUUUGUUAUAUUUCCAGAAUUUGUAACAGCUCUCUCUCAAUCCGAUUCCGUAAUCAAAUUAUUGAGAAUAAUUAUGGAUCUGUUUGAAAGCGACAUGAGCAUUAAGGAGAAAAUGAUCGCCUAUCAAGUACACCUCAGCAAUCCUUCUAGUGCUAAUUUAUUAUGCUUGGCAAUGGACACUCAAUUUACACAGCUCGAAACUCCAUUCAAAGAGUUGAGUUUAAUUCCAAAUGUAUCUGAUUUAUUAUUUUCUACCAAGCUGGAUACUCUUCACGACAUAUUCUCAGAGUUAUUGAAUUAUGAUCCAUCUUACAACCAAUCCAUUUAUAACAUUAUUAACAUUAUCAAAGAUCAUGUAGAUACAUUUGUAGAAAAGAUCACCAUUCCGACUUUGAUUGAAACUCUUAAACAAUGGAAUAUCUAUAGUUCUGAUGUAACCAAUGAAAUUCGUUCAAACGAACCACUCAUACAUCAAAUCAAAAAGUUGACAAUAGAUUUUGAAGAAUUUGGAAAUCACAUUGCUCAGCGAAUUAUUAUUCCAAGACAUACCAUUUGCCGUUCCAAGCUUCAGACUCUCAUUUGGAACAAUCAAUUCAGUAGCCAUUUGUCCAUUAAAAAUCAGAGUAUUAUUCAUUGGAAGGAAUCCAUGCUGGACAAUUUAGAAAAUGCAUUGAGAAAGACUUCUUUUGCUCGUGAUGACUUUGUACAUACCUUGCAAGACCUUCAAAAUUUGGAGAAUAACAAAUACUUGGCCAUUUGUAAACCAUACCUCAAUGAGUCUCAAUUCAAUGGCUUGUUAACCAAUAUUUCUACUAGAAACACGAAUUUUGAGACCAUGAUGAAACAAGUUCAUUCUGAGAUUGUUUUUGCUAAAUCAUUAUUAUAUUUGGAAAAGACAGAUCGACAAGUACCUUUUGAUACAGCAGAUCUCGGUUCUAUCUAUGGCGUAGAAUGUUACAAUGCCAUUAAGAAUUGGCUAGCUCUCUUCGAAAAAGAAAUUUUAUAUCAAAAACAAUAUCAAGAGCUUCUUCAUCAAAAGGAACGAUUUGUCGAGUUGGAGCAGGAAAUUGAAACUCUCCAUUCGACAUUGAAGGAUCCUGACUUGGUAGAGGUGCAAUCCAAUCAAAUGCACUAUUCUGAUUUGAUACGAUCCAAGUUCAUUGCACCCUACAAACAACUUUCUACUAAGACAGCUAUCUCAUAUAUGAACAUGAUUUCUCAACUUGUGAGCGUUUUACAGUCAAUGAUUGAAUUAAGUAGUUUCCACAAAGCAUUCAGACAAGCAUUACAACAAUUUGAAGCCAAACUAACCUCACACUAUGAACUAGUCAACCAAUACUUUGUUGAUUGUAAUGAUUCAUUAGAGUUCAAGAAGGAAUCUAUGGAUUCUUUAUUCCAUUAUCAACAUCACAAAAAGUUAAUUAUGAGAACCAAUGAGUUAAAACAAUCAGUGAGUGAUAUUUAUGAUUACACAAUGGAACAAUUCAAUGAAAUAUCCAAGCAAAUCGAAGAACAGUCGUAUAUUGAAAAUAUUGAUGACGAUGUUGUACCACAACAACAAAAGAAUUCCAAAAACAAUUAUGAUGGACCAUUUAUUGUUAAAUUAGUGGAACAGAGACUCAACGAAGCUGAUUCUGUUGAAAAAGUGAAGAGUAUCAUUUCCAAACAAAUAGAACAAGCCACCAGUGAAGAAAACUUGUCAAAGAUGUAUAAGGGAUGGAUUCCUUGGUUGUAA